CGCGAGGACUGGUACCAGGUCCCAAGCUGUGCGUGAAGGCGACUCCGACUAUAUCUAGUCGGAACUUCUCGACCUCACACACCAGCUCGGGCUCCUUCCCUGCCAGAGAGGUGACAUUCCACGUCCCUAGAGCCAGCUUCUGUAGCCAGGGAUCGGAUCGCCAAGGUCCCCGCCUUCGGCCACCGCCCAGCUCACACUGCACCCGACCCCUAUGGCCCCUCCCACAAGUGGUGAGCCCAUGGGAAGGGGGACCCACGUUACCCUUUCGGGCUGUGCCCGGCCGGGCCCCAUGGGUGCAGGCUCGGCCACCAGGCCUGGCUCCAGAGGGGGGACCCGGUGACCCGCGUCCGGGCAAGGGAAACCUGAAUCCAUUAAUUGUACUCGUCAUAGGGGUUUCAUACAAUUUCUCAAUAUAAAGCAGGCACAUAUAGGAUUCACUCAAAACCUCUAUUGCUUAAUAGUUAAGCCUUUUCAACCUUUACAAACGUUCAUGCUGUUGUAGGAUGGUACUCUCGAACGUAUCCUAGCGCUCCUCUCGCCUGCCUGAAGCCACGUAAGGAUAUAUGAAGAGCUGUAGCUCCCUCUGGUAGACACUGCCCUCUAUAGGUACCAUCGCGGUACUUCACGAUUGAUGACGCCGUCCUCUAUAUUUGCAGUCUGCCUUCCAGUAGCUUCAAUGCACAGUUCUCGACUCUCAACUCUUGGCCACCGUAGGCGGUACGUUUUCACUGUGGCUACACCGGUCCAGCACUAAGGCCACGAUUCGUACUGAUGUCCAGAAUUUCAUUUAUUUCUCCUUCUCCACCGAUGACAUAACAAAAUCACGAGAUACUGUGAAAACUACGGGUAAAACAGAAGUCCAAAUGAGGCUAAUGCUAACACACUGUACAAUAAAUUAAAUACACAUGAAAUGUCCAUUACAUGCCAAAAGCAUAUUUUAAAGAAUUAAGCAUGAAACACAAAUAAGGAAAGGUACAAUUACCGCGUGCACCUCCUGAACAUAGUGUAAAUGUCUUUGUCCAUAUAUACCAUGCGUUCCUGCUUCCACAUCUGUCCUUAAUGUCUUCCCGCUUCUUACCCACACUGCUUCAAACUAGACCAGGGUCAUGGGACCGUACACCAUCACAAUAAAAUGUCUUCACAAAGGUUUUUAUGCAACAAAACCAUUUUGUAUGGUACAUUUCACAAGUUAGUUAUAACAAACUCGUUUAAGUCUUAUUUACUGUCUCAUAUUUACAUUUGUAUUUAGUAACCUCUUUUAGUUGCAUCAUGAAAUCAAAUCUAUUUUGUAUUUUGAAACAUGAAACAUAAAUUUACAUAUAUAAUGAAAUGUGUCGUUCUGACAGUUACACUUGCUCUUAAUUGUGUUUAAUAUUGUGGCGCACCCUAGUGUUUUGUUUUAACACUGCAGCUUUAUGGAAGUAUUUUCCAUCUCCCAUGUGACUAUUGGCACAUCAGCCGGCUUGCACAACUGUACUGAAAGCUAGAGAGGUCAUGUGGCCGGAUAACACAUUCACUCCUGGUGAAGAUUAAAAAAAAAAAAAAAAAAAAAAAGUAGUUGAAACACAAAAAACGUUGCAAAGGGGAAAUAAACACACACACGCUUGAUUGACAUUCACAUUAUUACUACUAUUUACGGGAUUAGGGGACUAACUGACAAAAAACAGCAUUUUAACAGCUAUACAAUGCCGCAAGACAUAUUGGGCCAUUCUCUGAUAGCAAGCCGCCAUGAUGAUGUAAUCGUUAAAACAUGGUCCAUUCUUGCUGGAUGGACAUCUUCAGUUGCUCAACAGUAGGGCUGCCACAAAAGAUUCUUUUGAUUGCCGAUUAGUCACAGAUUAUUUAGUCGAUUAGUCUAAUUUUUAUAUAUACAGUGUCGCUUGAAAGUUUGUGAACACUCCUGACAUGGUCACUCUUUGUAAGAAAAAACAAAACACAUUAAGCAAACCUUGUUAAUCAUACUGUACAUCCAAAUCCCAAUUUGUAACGCAUACCUUGCAAUUGUAAAACACACACACACAAAAAGAUCAAUUUUCAUUAUUUAAUCCACAAAAACUGAUACUUGUAUGUGUGCAAAAAGUAUGUGAACCCUUCUAUUGUGGCUUGUGGCACCUCUUUUUGCAACCAUUACUUCAACCAGACAUUAACUCACUAACCUGACUCUAACAUCUCUUUAUGGGGAUUUUUGCCCACUCGUUCUUGCAAAACUCACUCAGUUAAGAGAAGUUGGAGUGACAUCUGGUAUGCACCAAUUUUUUUUAGGUCUCGCCACAUUUCAUUUGGAUAAGGUCCAGACUUUGACAGUGCCAAUUCACAAUACGAAUCCUCUUUCUCUGAUCCCAUUGCUUUCUACUUUUGCUGAAAUGCUUUGGUUCAUUGUCUUGUUGUUUAAUCAAUUUCCAUCCCAGCUUCAACUCCCUGAAUGAUGGCUGGAGAUUCUGGUCAAGAAUUUCUUAAUACGCCGGGAAAUUCAUGGCUCUUAAGAUACGAUGGAGUCGUCCAGGUCCGGAAGUGGAAAAGCAGCACCAGACCUUCACAUUUCCACCACCAUGCUUCAUCGUUGGGAGGAGGUUCUUUAGUUCAUUUGCAGUGCUGGCUUUUCUCCAAACUGGUUUUGAUUGUGACCAAAUCCUUCUAUUUUUGACUCAUCUUUCCAGUGAAAGGACUUCCAAAAGGCCUCUGGCUUGUCCAAGUACUUUUCUGGUGUUUCUGGGUGAUAGUUUUGAUGGGCGUCCAAUUUGGGCAGAGUUGCUGUCAUGUUGAAGACCAUCUGUUUGUAAUUUUUUUUGUCUUACAGUGGAUGGAUGGAGCUGGAAUCUUUCCAGAAUGGUCUGAGAGCCCCCCCCAGAUGGAUGGGCUCUCAAUACCCUCUUCUUCAUGUCGUCACCUACCUCCUUUGCUCUUUGAAUUUGUAGAUGUGUUUGGGAGCACAGUUGGUUUGGUUACUUUUAUCUCUUUUGAUUAUCCAUCCAUCCAUUUUCUAUCCGAGGUCAGGUCGCUGGGGCAGUAGCUUUAGCAGGGACGCCCAGACUUCCCUCUCCCCAGCCACUUCAUCCUUUGAUUAGUGCAGCCCAAACCCUACCCCAAGGAUGUUUUAUUUCAUCUGUCUACUUAAAGGUCAGAGGAAAAAGAUGUUAUGGGGUCAGUUAAAAUUCACAUUUGCUUUGUGUUAUGUUAUGUAAUACAUGCAGAAGGUUUUCAACUAUAGUUUAGCUAAAAAUUAGGUUUUAAUGCCUCGUAUUGAGCACUCCCCGAAAAUACCCAAAGGUUUGGGCUGAGUUACUCUAUCCACCGCAAAGGCUACCGGAAGUGACGUUGCAAUUGCCAAACACAACGGGCAACACUAUACGCAAUGGCGAGCAACGUAUUGGAAUAUGACGAGGAGGAGGAUUUCGACGUACAAGAGCACCCAACUGACAAACCAUACAUGUUUGAGCCGAUCAGGAGGUCGGAACAGACUGAUGUAACAAAGAAAAUUGAAGGUCAAGUUGAUGCCCCGCCGCAGCUCUUCCAAAAGGUUAGAGAUGUGGACCAAAGUGGGGAUUGGUUCAAAGAUGGCAUGAAGUUGGAAGCUAUUGACCCUCUCAAUCUCUCAGCGAUAUGUGUAGCCACUGUAAGAAAGGUGUUGGCAGAUGGGUAUCUUAUGAUUGGAAUUGAUGGUUCUGAGGCGGUGGAUGGAUCAGACUGGUUCUGCUACCAUGGCACCUCACCUUCCAUCUUCCCUGUGGGCUUCUGUGAAAUCAACAACAUUGAAGUGACCUCCCCUCGAGGGUACACGAAGAUGCCAUUUAAAUGGUUUGACUACCUCAGAGAAACCGGUUCGAUAGCUGCUCCUGUUAAGCUCUUUAACAAGGAAGUUCCCAAUCAUGGUUUCCAACGAGGCAUGAAGCUGGAAGCUGUUGACCUGAUGGAGCCACGUCUGGUGUGUGUUGCUACAGUGACAAGAAUUGUACAUCGGCUAUUAAGGAUCCACUUUGAUGGCUGGGAAGAUGAAUAUGACCAGUGGGUUGACUGUGAGUCACCUGAUCUCUACCCUGUGGGUUGGUGUCAGCUGACGGGGUAUCAACUCCAACCCCCUGCAUCCCAGAGUACCAGAGAAAUGUCUCAGUCCCUCCCCAAGCAGAAGAAAAAGGCCCAGCAGUAUAAAGGCCAAAAGAAAAAGAGGAAGAUUCCGGUUGGUCGGCGGCCCUUCAGUCAGACAGGCAGGAGGAGAAGCUUCUCAGGUGAUGAAGAGCAGAGUCCACCCUUUUACCAUGUCGAGGGGCCAACUCAGCUCCAACUCCGAACUCACCUCCACCAAACCCAUAAAUCAGACUCACUUCUGCGAAUGAAGGAGGAAAUGAUGGAGGUGGAUGAGUUCAACUUUUCCCAGGGCACCUCUGAUCAGGAGAGUAAUGGCUCAGGCACAUUCUACAUUAAACAGGAACCCUAAGUUCAAAGUAGGAAAAACAGGAGAAUGAUCGUUCUCUGCAAGAGUCUGAAUUAUGGAGAAUCGAUGUGAGUUCAAAUUACACUUAAAGGCACAUAUUUCCAAUGGAGAAGUAAGGUAAUGAAGAGAACAUGGUCAGUUCCACACCUUGAAAAAAACCUAUGGGUCUUCUCCGCAAUCAUUUCCAUGUAUGUAUAGAUCACAGAUGUUAUGUCUCCUUUCUCGUAUCUCCUGUCUGAACAUUCGACCAUGGUAAAACUUUAUUUUUUCUUUUCAUUUUUUUUUUUUAACGAAACAACCUUUUUCCAGUGGCGCUCUUAUGUACUCCAUGUCAAUUUCAGCUGCCCCAGGCCUGUAUAAACUGUGAUAACUCUGUAUUGCGCUGGGUCUUUUUUUGUUUUUAAAUUUUAUUACACGUUACUUAGCCACUGAACACAUAAAUUGUAAAUUACCUGAGAUAAUAGAAACAGGCACAAAGAGGAACAAUUAUUAUAUGUAAUAAUUCUAUUUUCUUUUUCUGUUUUUUCUUAAUUCACACAGCAUAGUUAUAAUAGUACUUGAAUUGUUUCUUGUUUUUGUCUUAAUAGUUUUUACAGUUGCUUUUGUUGGCUUUGUGGUGAAACCUUAAAUGUAAAUUAAAAUGGUUAUAUCGAUUAAUAUGUAGAAAAUUAUAAACAAAGAAGUACAAAGUAUAGGUAUGAAAGGUUUUAAUAUUAUUACAGUCAUCCAAAGUACUGCAAAUGCUGCAUAGAAUUGCUCAGUAUCCUUCACGUUUCUUAUAAAGGUUUUCAGAGCUGCAUUUUAUUUCUGAUUCAACCGUAAACCACUAAGAAAUGUGGUGACUGUCACAAUCUCUUGAUUGUUACAGUAUUAAUAUAUACACAUUAAAGCUACUCCUGCUAACUUUUGAGAAAAGAAAUUUAACAGCUAUAUAGAUAAAUACUUGCUGCUGAGACUUGACCAUUUUGUCAGUAGAACUGUAAUAGACAGAAUCUUUAUGAAAACAUUUUUGAAUAAAGAAUACAUGAUUAAUGAUGUCAGUAAUUUAACUACCCCCUCUUAAUGUAGCUCAAAUUAGUCAGUGGAUUUCUUAAGGUCAUCAAUCUGUAGGUACCAGUAGCAGUUAAUCUCUCCAACUACAUUCAUAUACAUUGACAUAUUUCUUUAUUAAUCUAAAAAAUAUUAACCUGGAACAACAGUUAUAUGAAUUGUCUGACUAAUUUUAAUUAAUUUUAUCUUGAGUACAAAACAAAAUAUUGCAGUAAUUGUAUUUUGUUUUGUCUUAACUGUUUAAAAGAGACAAGGUGUGAAUUAGUUUUCCAUAAAUUAAUGAAAAAAACACAUAGUAGCAGGGUAUAUUGUAUUCACCCCCACUGGUAUGAGACAGAGAGAGAAUAAAUUAACCUACUUUCACAGCUUGGAUACCUUAGCAGAUGUGUGUAAGGUCCAUGUAUUGGCCGAUGGGAAUAGGAAAUGCCCUUAUCUGUUUUCUAUACUGUUGUACCUUGUUGAGGGUCACCACGUAGUUGGAGCCUUUACAUACUUUACAAACAAAGGUACUCUUCGUAAUUAGUUAGUCGAUAAGGAGUUGGACUAUUACCCUUUGAAGAAACCAUUUUAACAAGUUAAUACAGUUGCCUUGUGUCUUAACAUCUCUGUGACAUGCUUUUGUCAAAAUACCAUAAGGAUCAAGAGUUGCAGUACACACCACACCCCAUUUUUAAUUCUGCGUUCACACUGGACACAAAGAAUACUUUCACCCCACGUUACUCGUGCAAGUUUGACCGCAGUAGUUGUGGGUACGGAAACUAUUCAGACCCCCUUGAAUUUUUCACUCUGUUAUAUUCCAGUCAUUUGCUAAAAUCAUUUAAGUUCAUUUUGUUCCUCAUUAAUGUUCACACAGCACCCCAUAUUGACAGAAAAAAACUGAAUUGUUGAAAUUUUUGCAGAUUUAUUCAAAAAGAAAAACUGAAAUUCAAACAAUUCUGUUUUUUUCUGUCAAUAUGGGGUGGUGUGUGUACAUUAAUGAGGAAAAAAUUAACUCAAAUGAUUUUAACAAAUGGCUGCAAUAUAACAAAGAAUGAAAAAUUUAAGUGGGUCUGAAAACUUUCCGUACCCACUGUAUAUACCCUUUAGUUUUUCAUCUAAAAUUUCCUAGAUUCCUCUUGUUUCUUCUAAGGGAAUCAGGUAAAAUAAAUUACGGUCAUUCCUGAUGCACUUGUAUUACUUUGCGAUAAAACAAAGGAGAAAACAGCAACCUAUUAUUACACUCGUCAACAACAAAUUUGUCACUUUUUUUUUUAUUAUUAUUAUUUUUAUUUAUUUAUUUUUUUAGCUGAUUUAGAACAGUUUUGAUGUGCUACAGUGGGGCAAAAAAGUAAUUAGUCAGCCCCCAAUUGUGCCAGUUCUCCCACUUAAAAAUAUGAGAGGCCUGUAAUGUUCAUCAUAGGUAUACCUCAUUUGUGAGAGACGAACUGAGGGGGGGGGGGAAAUCCAGAAAAUCACAGUCUGAUAUUUUAAAUUUUUUUUUUUUUUUUUUUUUUUUUUACAAAGAAUUUCUUAGCAAAUUAUGGUGGAAAAUAUUGGGUCACCUACAAACAAGCAAGAUUUCUGGGUCUCACAGACCUGUAACUCCUCUGUAAGGCUCCUCUGUCCUCCACUUGUUACCUGUAUUAAUGGCACCUGUUUGAACUCAUCAGUAUAAAAGACACCGGUCCACAACCUCAAAGAGUCACAAUCCAAACUCCAAGACCAAAGACCUGUCAAAGGGCACCAGAAACAAAAUUGUAGACCUGCACCAGGCUAGGAAGACUGAAUCUGCAAUAGGUAAGCAGCUUGGUGUGAAGAAAUCAACUGUUGGAGCAAUUAUUAGAAAAUGGAAGACAUACAAGACCACUAAUAAUCUCACUCGAUUUGGGGCUCCACGCAAGACCAGCCCGUGGGGUCAAAAUGAUCACAAGAACGGUGAGAAAAUCCCAGAACCACACGGGGGACCAAGUGAAUGACCUGCAGAGAGCUGGGACCAAAGCAACAAAGGCUAUCAUCAGUAACACACUACGCCACCAGGGACUCAAAUCCUGCAGUGCCAGAUGUGUCCCCCUGCUUAAACCAGUACAUGUCCAGGCCCUUCUGAAGUUUGCUAGAGAUGGUUUGGAUGAUCCAGAAGAGGAUUGGGAGAAUGUCAUAUGGUCAGAUGAAACCAAAAUAGAACUUUUUGGUAAAAACUCAACCUGUCGUGUUUGGAGGAGAAAGAAUGCUGGGUUUCAUCCAAAGAACACCAUAGCUACUGUAAAGCAUGGGAGUGGAAACAUCAUGCUUUGGGGCUGUUUUUCUGCAAAGUAAGAAGCAUUUCAUGGUCCAGUGGCCUCAUGUACAAAGACUUGCGUGGACACUGAAACAUGGCGUACGCUCAAAUCCAGAAAAUGUCCAGAUGUAUGAAUCUGUGCGUACGCAUGAAUCCAAGCACAUUUCCUUUGUACAUUCCAAUCAACGUAGAUUUGAGCGCACAUGUUGGCGUAACCGACCCCUCCCUCGCCACGCCACAUUUAAAUGUGCAAAUCAUAUGUAAAUGAACACUGCACCUGAGAUCCGAUCUCUGCAUGAUCAGAAAAAAAGGAAAAUGAGCAAGGUAAAAAAGAAGUGGUCAGACAUUAAGGUGGAUGUGAAGAGGAAGACAGCUGCUCACCGCCAAAGUGUGGCCAAAACAGGCGGAAGAACCGGGGAGAGGAUCGCUGCAAUUAUGGGUGACACUACUCUCACAUGUGGCUGACACUUAUUCCCCCAUCGUAAAUACCAUGUAUUUUUAUAACUCAGAACAAAUGUGUUCAUACAGUAACCUGCACUCAGUCUUGCGUAAAUGUUGUAUGUAUGGUAUUUGUAAUAAAUCUUUUGAAUUCAAAUGGAAGCACAUCAGGAUAUCAAAAGAGGAUAUAAAAAAAUUACUCCUGUUUGAAUACUCAAUUAAUUAUUUUAAUACACAGAAGGAUUUGAAUUUACUUAAUUUGAACAUGUACAUCAGUUGCACAGCGGCACGGUGGACGACUGGUUAGAGCGUCUGCCUCAAAGUUCUGAGACCGGGGUUCAAUCCCCGGCCCCGCCUGUGUGGAGUUUUCAUGUUCUCCCCGGGUUUUCUCCGGGCACUCCGGUUUCCUCCCACAUCCCCAAGAAAACAUGCAUGGUAGGUUACUUGACAACUCUAAAUUGCCCAUAUGUGUCAAUGUGAGUGUGAAUGGUUGUUUGUUUGUAUGUGCCCUGCGAUUGGCUGGCAACCAGUUCAGGGUGUACCCCGCCUCCUGCUCGAUGAUAGCUGGGAUAGACUCCAGCACGCCCGUGACCCUAGUGAGGAGAAGCGGCUCAGAAAACGGAUGGAUGGAUGGACAUCGGUUGCACAUGAUUAAAAUGUGUUAAAUUGACAUAAUUUACCCCUCUUCUCCUAAAAAAAAAAAAUUUAUUUGAACAGAUUUUAAUCAUGUGCAACCGAUGUACAUGUUCAAAUUAAAUUCAAAGGAUUAUUUUUUUCAGUGCUUUCAUCACUGGUGUCACUAGCUCGGAGGAUUCAUCCCCCAUUCCUGGCAUCUCCUCCGACAUCCCCAGCGUCUCUGACGCAAUUACACUCCAACAAUCAGCUGCUGCUGCCGGCCCAACUGGUCGUGUCCUCGCUGUGCUGGAGUCACUUGAGAUUGUGAGGGCAAUUGAUCGCCUUGAUCAAUUUAUAGGCAUCCUCACAAAUAUCAGUGAUUCAUUUAAUAAACUGGUGAAUUCCGAGUCCUUGCUUCUUUUACAUUGUUGAAAUUAAAUGUUGUGGGCCAUUAAUUCUUCAUCAGUGCUCAUUGUCUCUGAUGUGCAGAUUUAUUAUAACAGUUUCCCAGCAUCACCUCUAAGUGUUGCCAAAGCACCAACAGCUGUAAAAACGUGCGUACGCCAGCCAUGAAGUUGGCGUGAGGCACCGCACAUUUCCACGGUCAUUUCACUCUUGAUACAUCUGAACUUUGAUGUGAAAAAGAAUGUACGCCACGUUUUUGUGCGUACGCACCUUUUGUACAUGAGGCCCCGGCAGUGGCUUAGCCAGUCUCCAGAUCUCAUCCCCAUAGAAAAUCUUUGGAGGGAGUUGAAAGUCUGUGUUUCCCAGCGACAGCCCCAAAACAUCACUGCUCUAGAGGGAUCUGCAUGGAAGAAUGGGGCAAAAUACCAGCAACAAUGUGUGAAGACUUACAGAAAAACGUUUGACCUCUGUCAUUGCCAAUAAGGGGUAUAUAACAAAGUAUUGAGAUGAACAUUUGUUAUUGACCAAAUACUUAUUUUCCACCAUAAUUUGCUAAUAAUUUCUUUAAAAAUCAGAUGUGAUUUUCUGGAUUUUUUUUUCUCAUUUUUUUCUCUCAUAGGUGAGGUAUACCUGUGAUGAAAAUUACAGGCCUCUCUCAUCAUUUUAAGUGGGAGAACUUGCAGAAUUGGUGGCUGACUAAAUACCUUUUUGCCCCACUGUAUAUCCAAAUAUUUAAUUGGUUUUGCUCAAUGAGAUCAACUUACUGAACUGUUUUUUUUUUUAAAUACACAGGUUUUUUCACUUUCGAGGUUUAAAUAAACGAAAGUUCAUGCCCUGAAAGAUGACGUAACAUUCAAUUUACAGGUACUUACUUUUAUCAGUCUAGUAUUCAAUUUACAGUAAGCAAAGUUUGUAAUAUUUUAUUAAUAAACUGUUAACAACUUGGCAUAAAAACUUGACCUGAACAAGAGAAACUGAUAUUUUUAGUUUCAGAUGCAAAAUUAAAUCAGUUAAAAAAACCGACAACUUUCUUUUUUUUAUUUUUUUUUUUUAUUAUUAUUAUUUUUUUAUUUAUUUUUUGUAACCUGGUUUUUUUUAUAUUAUUUUACUGGUUCGGCCAUUUUUCUCUCCUGUGAUGUGUUCGAAUUAUGAGGGAGGUCCUUGGAAGAAUGCCUCCACUGUAAGGAGUGCCUGGCUGGACCCACAGUUUGCGAAUGACAUUUCUAAACAGUCGAAUACUAAUGGCUAGAAACAAAGCACUGUCAGGUUUCCAUCAGGGAAAGCUUUUAUGAAUAAUGUUAAUAAUACAUAGAGGAAUAAAUAAUUGAACAAACCUGCUCUUUGUAGUAGCACAAGGCACGGAAACAGUGUAACAGUAGUUGACGUCGCCUUCCUCUUUUCCCUGACAAAGUUCCUCUUAUUCUUUCAAAGGCUACAAAUAUUUCACACACACAGACACACACACACUACAAAAACAAAGGUAGCAUUCUUUUAUCUGUAAAUUGAAAACUAAAGUUAAAAUGAAUUACAAGCAUGUUUCUUGGAACUAAAGUACAACACAUACACACCUCCAUAUAAAGGUUGCAGUGCAUAAUUCCAAUGCGGUAUUUCCUAGUAUCAAUACAAUUGAUUGAUUACCUUUUAAAUCGAUUAAAAUCAAUAUAUUUUCGUCCAGAAGGCUAACAUGGUAAGCACAGAUCGAUCCAGUUGGAUUGUAGGUAAAUAAAUCGAUACAUCGAUGUAAUGAAUGAAUCGUUACAUGCCUAUUAUGUACAAUAUAUAAAAAUACACGCUUUUCCCCCCUCACAGUCAGACUAAACUUUUCCUGUUUCAGGUCAAUUAGGAUUACCAAAACUAUUUCUAUUUGCUAAAUGCCAGAAUGAGGAUUUCAACCCCCCCCCCACCCCGCCCGCUUAAUUUGUCAUUACUUUCUUCAAAGUCAGAAGUUUUGGAUACAGUAAGAUUACUAUGCCUUUAAACAAUUUGGGGAAACCCAGAUGUUGAUGUCACGUCUUUGGAGGCUUCUGAUAGUUUCAGUGAGAACAUUUGAGUUAGAGACACACCUGUGCAUGUAUUUGAACUCGGUACACUUGAAACACACAUUUCUAUGUGUGUGUGUAACAUCAUGGGAAAUUCAAAAGAUUGAUUACCUUUUAAAUCGAUUUAAACCAAUAUAUUUUCGUCCAGGAGGCUAACUUGCUAAGCACAGAUCAAUCCAGUUGGAUCGUAAGUAAACAAAUCGAUACAUCGAUGUAAUGAAUGAAUCGUUACAUGCCUAUUAUGAUAUUAGGAACAAAACUGUGGACUUGCACAUGCCCGUUUCCCCUUGGGUGCAAUUCAUGUCGGGACAUUGGCCGGGAACUGAACGCACGCUAGUUGUAGAACACGGCAGUAAGGUACACAACUACACGACCAAUGCAUUAAUGUAUUAAAUACUUUAUUUAUAUAAUGAGAUUUGUGUGUAAAUUAUCUUGCUUGAGCAUAAAUAUUUUGAUCAGUAAUCGCAUACAUUAUUAAAUCAGUAUGUAAUAAAUUGUAAAUCUAAGUUGAACCUGUGGACACAAUGAUUGUGUCCACCUGUGGACACAAUUUUUGCUAAGGCUUGGAAUACCUUAUGGUCAGUUUGCAGAUGAAAUUUUCACUGUUGUUUUGUUGUUGUGUUUUUCGGGCCAAGACAUAUAACUGCUGUCAAAGACGAUGCAUUUUAUUUCCCCCAAAUUCGCAAGAAUUGACUGAUUAUAUACUUGAUUCCAAAAACUUCCAAAAAUCCGUCCACCUUUUCUACCAAAGGUUUUUUUUUGUGUACGAGAGGAGAGCAGAAAAGCUGCCUUGAUUCGUCAGUACUAUUAAGAUUUAGUAUCUACAAUAUAUAAAUGGCCAAAACACAAAACCUUCUACCUUCUAUCUAAAUCCAUGCUUGCUCAUGCAGUGUAUUUGACAUGACUCUUGCUGUUUGAGGCUAUAUUAUUGAACUAUAUGUGUACCUACUACCUCCUGAUGCAGGUAAAACAAGUGUGAAAUACACCACCCACAUGUGAGUAUAUGCAAAUGAAACAACCUGGAAAAAAACAAGACUAGACACCAAAUGUAAAUAUUUGUGCAAAUUUUAUUGAUAUGCAGAAAUAAUAGGUUGAUAAAGGACAUGAUGAAUGAAAUGUACACCAUUCCUUCAAUUUUCUGUGACACAAAUAUGCAUAUUAUACAUAGGAGAUAAUUUAACAAAAUGUUAUUGAGGUAUUUUUUUAUGUUGUUUUUUUUACCACAAAAGCUGUUUCAAAAAAGAAAUUGAAUCUUUGUUUUAUUUUGUUAUAAAAAAUAUUUCAAUCAGCUGAGCAUAAAAGAUUCAAAUACAUCUAUUCUAUGAAAGCAAAGAGCCAAACUAACAUUUACAAAUAAACACUUGAAUUUAAAGCAUUUUUAGCAGCAUUUUUACUAUAUAAAAAAAAAACUGUAAAAAUGUAUGGUAAUAUUUUAUUUCAAAGAGGGCCAGUGGUUAGCACUGUCAUGUCACAGCAAGAGUGUUCUGGGUUUGAGCCAGUUAACUUGGUUGUGGUCUUUUCUGCAACUGCAUGGAUGGCUCCUACCCAAGUGUUUGAGUUGAUCUGACAAUGAAAAGGAUGGUAGGUUGACGUUAGAUGAAUUUUAAAUAAUGUGUACUGUUUGGCAAAUUUUACAUCCUACAAAUUGUUCUGUUAUUUAAUUUGCUUCAGUCGGUAGAAAAUAUUUUUACACUUGUCAUUACCUCCGCCAAGCACAAAAUGUAUUGUUUUGAUCAUUGUUUGUUAGUUAGCAGGAUUGUGCUUGAAUUACAUUUUACAAAGUACUGCAAAUUUAUAGGAGGAGGUGUUGUGUGAGGAGAUAGCAUGAUUACGCAAAUGCUACCACAAACGUUUAGGAUGGGUGGCAUGUGUAUUGAAGAGAAACCAUUAUCUUUUGGUAUAAAUCCAGAUAAAAAUGGGUGUAGCAGAAUGUAAUUUUAUUUAUUUAUUUGCAGUUUGUUACAGUGGAACUAUUAAUCCCACCCCACAAAUACAGUGUGCCAGGAUUUUAUUUGAUCUUUUUCUGUCAUCCUCCUUCAACAAGGAAUUGGCCUGCAAAUGGACAAAAACGAUAUAUUUUUUAACCUUUGCAGAGGUCUGGACUCAAAGGAGUGCUAUUCAAGCUUAUAUUAGGGUGGAGGGUAGCAAUUAUUAAAUCAAAUUAAUGUAAUUAUUUGUUCAGACUGGUUACAAGUUAAAAACCUUUAAUACCAAAUAAGCAAUAAGUGUGUUACAAUCCACAUCUUCAAAUCUGUUUCAGUGCAUGUCCUCGGCAUAAAGUAUAAUUGGGUCAUUUUCAUAUUUGAUUAAUAACAGUAAAGACACUUGUUUAAAAAAAAUAUAUCUAAUUUAGCAAUUUUAUGCCACCUUGGUUUUAUAAGGGUAAAUGUCUCCCAUGCUGAAUCAGCCAUGUUUAGUCCUAUUUUAAAGAAGUUAUUCAUGAUUUAAAGUAUCAGGCAUUCAUAGUUAAGGCAAUCCUGCUUGAGAGAGCAAAUAGUGGUGACCCAUUGAAAUAAACUUAUUUUUGAACAGUUAAGACAAAAAUGCAUAACAGUAAAAACAGACACCUUCAUUAAAAUCGUGAGUUGCACAAUUUAUGUGUUGCCCUUCAAAUUCUGUGAAUACAAGUGCAUAAAUCAUCCUAACUACUCAUUAAACCCAUUGUACCCUUGCCUGUAUACAAUUGUAAUAACGGUAAAGACAUGCAAUAGUUCUGACACUUUCACAAGUUCACACAUAUCUCAGAAAUAACAGAAUGUAUUAAGUAGUAAUAGUAAGCAAUAACAGAAAAAUCCUAUACAGUCCCCUCCAAAAGUAUUGGAACUGCAAGUUCCGGGCCUUUGUUUUUAUUGUAGACUGAAGACAUUUGCUUUCAGUUUAAAAGAAAACAACUCAGAACAGAGCACCUUUUUUUUUGGACCCAUCCACUUUUCAAGUGAGCAAAAGUAUUGGAACAGACAUUAUUAACAUAACUUAAAGUCAAUAACGUUUAAUAUUUGGUGGAAUAACCCUUACUUGCAAUAACUGCAUCAAGCCUGUGACCCAUUAACUUGAGACUGUUGCAAUCUUCAUUUGAAAUGCUUUUCCAGGAAAUGCUUGACUGCAUCCUCUUUCAGUUGUUGUUUGUUUCUGGGGGGUUCUCCCUUCAGUCUUGUCUUCAGGAGGUAAAAUGCAUGCUUUAUUGGGUUAAGGUCUGGUGACUGACUUGGCCAGUCCAAGACCUUCCAUUUAUUCCCCCUGAUGAAGACCUUUGUUGUGUUCCCAGUGUGUUUUGGGUCAUUGUCUCGUUGCAUAAUGAAGCUUCUCCCGAUUAGUUUGGAUGCACUUUUCUGUAAAUUGCCAGACAAAAUGGUUUUGUCGACUUCAGAAUUCAUUCUGCUGCUACCAUCAUGAAUUACAUCACCAAUAAAGAUUAGUGAGCCCGUUCCAGGAGCAGCCAUGCAAGACCUCCACCAGUCUUCACAGAUGAGGUUGUAUGUUUUGGAUCAUAAGCAGAUCCUUUUCUUCUCCAUACUUUGGCCUUUCCAACACUUUGGUAGAGGUUAAUCUUGGUCUCAUCAGCCCAUAAAACUUUGUUCCAAAACUUUUGUGGCUCAUCUCUGUACUUCUUUGCAAAAUCCGAUCUGGCCAUCCGAUUGUUUUUGCUGAUGAGUGGUUUGAAUCUUGUGGUAUGGCCUGUAUAUUUCUUCUCUCGAAGUCUUCAAACAGUGGAUUGUUAUACCUUCACCCCUGCCCUGUGGAGGUUGGCAGUGUGUUUUGGGUCAUUGUAUUGUUGCAUGAUUAAGCUUUUCCCGAUUAGUUUGGCUGCAUUUUUCUUUAAAUUGCCAGACAAAAUGUUUUUUUAGACUUCAGAAUUCAUUCUGCUCAUACCAUCAUGAGUUACAUCAUCAAUAAAGAUUAGUGAGCCCGUUCCAGGAGCAGCCAUGCAAGACCUCCACCAUGCUUCACAGAUGAGCUUGUGUGUUUUGGAUCAUAAGCAGAUCAUUUUCUUCUCCAUACUUUGGCCUUUCCAUCACUUUGGUAGCAGUUAAUCUGGGUCUCAUCAGCCCAUAAAACUUUGUUUCAAAACUUUUAUGGCUCAUCUCUGUACUUCUUUGCAAAAUCCAAUCUGUCCAUCCUAUUGUUUUUGCUGAUGAGUGGUUUGCAUCUUGUGGUAUGGCCUGUAUAUUUCUUCUCUCGAAGUCUUCGAACAGUGGUUUGUAAUACCUUCACCCCUGCCCUGUGGAGGCUGGCAGUGCGUUUUGGGUCAUUGUCUUGUUGCAUGAUUAACCUUCUCGAUUAGUUUGGCUGCAUUUUUCUUUAAAUUGCCAGACAAAAUGGUUUUGUAGACUUCAGAAUUCAUUCUGCAGCUACCAUCAUGAUUUACAUCAUCAAUAAAGAUUAGUGAGCCCAUUCCAGGAGAAGCCAUGCAAGACCUCCACCAUACUACAGAGAUGAGCUUGUGUGUUUUGGAUCAUAAGCAGAUCCUUUCUUUCUCCAUACUUUGGCUUUUCCAUCACAUUGGUAGAGGUUAAUCUUGGUCUCAUCAGCCCAUAAAACUUUGUUCCAAAACUUUUGUGGCUCAUCUCUGUAGUUCUUUGCAAAAUCCAAUCUGGCCAUCCAAUUGUUUUGCUGAUGAGUGGUUUGCAUCUUGUGGUAUGGCCUGUAUAUUUCUUCUCUCUCAGUCUUCGAACAGUGGAUUGUAAUCUGUGUCAAUUAAGUCUGUGUCUGAGACAUCUGCCCUGUGGAGGUUGGCAGUGAUGUCAUUGACUGUUGUUUUUGGGUGUUUCUUCACAGCUCUCACAAUGCUGUUGCUCAGUACAGCAGUAGUUUCUUUCUUUUUCAGGACAUUCCAAAUUGUUGUAUUGGCUCUGCCAAAAUGUUUGUGCAAUAGCUCUGAUUGAUUUUCCCUCUUAGCUUCAAAAUGGUUUGGUUUUCUCCCAUAGACAGCUUUCUGGUCUUUGUUUGCUUAACAGCAAAGGUAGUUUUCACAGGUGAAACCCAAAGCCAAAAACAAGCAGUCUAAUGUUUGAGCAAUCAAUCUAAAAUUCAACACCUGAGCAACUAGAAACACCCAUCGGUCACGGUCCAAUACUUUUGCUGACUUGAAAAGUGGGUUGCUUCAAACAAUAGGUGCUCUGUCCUGAGUUGUUUAACACAUGUAGAUGUAAAUACCAUGAAAUAAAAGUUGGAAUUCAGAUUUUUUGUCUCAUUCAUCACUUAAUCUGAAACCCAAAUGUCUUCAGUAUACAACAAAAACAAAGGAAUUGACUUUGUCGUUGCAAUACUUUUGGAGGGGAAUGUAUAUCCAAAAAUAUAAUUAGCAUUUUCAGAAAACAUGUUGGAAAUCAAACUUAAUUUAAAACAGCUUACGGUAAAGUCAUUUUUGUCUUUAAAACUUUGAAAAAUAUUACUUGACUUUUUUUUUUUCUUAUAAACAAUUCUGACAUUUUGAUGGAUAACAAUUGCCAAUACAGGAAGUCCUCGAGUUACGACGCACUCGACCUACGACGUUUCGACUUUACGAUGCCUGUGGCUCGUCCGCCAUUUUGUCCCAGCACCAUAGUGUUUCUGCUUAGCUAGUGCAUAGUGCUUGUCUGUGUUAGUGCGGCGGGAGUAUCUUUUCCUUUUUCGCCCUCCUUUUUUCACACUCUCAGCAGUAAUGGUAUGUACAGCAUCUUAUUUUUUAUUUUAAUGUAUUUUAGUUUCUUUAUACGAAGUGUUAACCUUUCCUGCUACGGUCUCCUGACCGUGGUCGGGAGACCCAGGGGUUAACUCCCUUCUCUCGUUGCACAGCUGAGCUGGGUGGCGGCAGCAAUAAAGGCACGAAGCACCGAUUUGCUGCUUUAAUGGCUUUAUUAGCUCCCCUGCACAUUCAAUGUCAACGGGUCCACCGCUAAUCGCUACUCUUCCCUGGUCGCCGUCACUACACUUGCUACUGUACACACUCGCACCGGGGCGCAGUCCUUCCUCCUUCGCAGUCCCGUCUCACUCACACAUCAACGCCCACACACACACUGAACUUGGUGUCACAAUCACGUGGGACAAUACCCGUAACAGAAGUAUUUCGCCGUAAAUUUCGACUUUAACGGUGAAAUCUGACUUACGCGGAAAUUCGUGUUACGUCGCCAGCGUAGGAACGGAACUCGUUCGUAAAUCGAGGACUUCCUGUAAUUGAAAUAACUCACAUCAGUCAAAUUCAGUGUUCAAGUUCAAAAGGAAAUUCAGUGGCCCAUGUCUUUUUUAUUGAUCAAAUUAUAUGAAAAUGACCCAAUUACUUAAUAAAUAGAUACCAUUAGUCUCUUAGUACAAAAUCGGAGAGACAAAAUACUGUUCGCUGCUGUUACCCCUACCAAGAUAAACCAAUAAUAAAUCAUGUACAAUGGAUUCAGUACUCUCUGUAUCUUUUGGUUUCUUACUUUCUUCUAUCGCCUUUAUUAUUUGGAGUUGGAAUAUGUAAUACUAGUUUUAAGGGCUCUCGAAGCUGUAGCUGGAGAUGGAAUGCGUUGAAUUGGUUUGACCUUGGGUGCCUGAUCAUCUACAUGAAAUACAUCUUAAACCAAGUAUGAAUUAUUGAUGUGCUGAGCUUUUUAUGUUUUUGUGUUAUUAAUUGUUUUGUUGGUUUACCUCUUACUUGGCGAUCUCAGUGGUGUACAUGUCCAUUUCCACCAAGAAAAGGGCAAAUCAUUACAAUUGAUCAUUACAUUCAUUUGGGCUCUUUUCCUUGUGUUAAUUAUAUUGAACUCGUAAUGCAUGUCUUGUACCUGCUUCUGAAUUGGUACUGUAUGAUACUGUAUGUACAAAACAUUAUAUCAUCCAUUGUUCUUUUCUUGGAUACUCGGGUCUUUUUUAUGUGGUUUCUCCUAAGUUACAUUUUAACAUUAUAUUGUGGUGCUAUAUAUAUUUGAUAAAAAUGACUUGGUAUUGGAUCAUUCCUAUGAAAAUAUUGUAAGUUGAAAAAUUUCUGGAGUAAAAACUAUAUUUUGGAUACAAGUAUUAAAAUUAAUGUGCAUAUACAAGAGAUAAGGUACAGAAUAAAAUUACAGUUUCAAGUUUGUACGUCUUUUUGAUAGUGAUUAGUUCUCUUUCUUAUGAAUUUGUGUUGUGAUUAAGCUUGGAUGGAUUGUAAAUAAAGCAUAAUGUAUGGAUCAUCAUAUUGGUUGCAAUUGAUGUGUUUUCAGGCAUCGCAAACUUCCGCAUGGAUGUUUAUGUUGUGAUUUUUUUGUAAGAUUUGCCUUUUACAUUGAAUAAAAUGCCUAAUGACGUA